AUGAAUUUGACUCAACUCCCUCUGGGCGUCCUUGCUGCGGGCGCCGCCCUGCUCUUCAUCAUCCUUCGUUCUGUUUUCAAUGCGCUGCGGUCGCCCCUCGCCUCGCUGCCCGGUCCUUGGCACACUCGUUUCACCCGAGUAGUUCUAAAGUUCCACAUCCUCACAGGUGGGAGAAUUCACCACGUCAACCGUCUUCAUCAAGCCUAUGGACCGAUUGUACGCAUCGCGCCCGACGAGGUGGCCAUUGCGGACCUGGAAGCCUUCACCCAGAUCCACCGCAUCGGCGGCGGAUUCACCAAGUCGGCAUGGUACGACAGCACCGGCACCGGCGCGGGUGUCCCGGCGGCGGCAUACGAGCCAGGAGUCUUUGCCAUGCGCGACCCCAAGGCCCACGCCCAGCGCCGCAAGCUCUUUGCCCGCCCCUUUAGCAACUCGGCCCUGCGCAAGAACUGGGAGGACAUUGUGCGCGGCACGGCCGAGCGCGCCGUCGCCAAGAUCCAGGCCGACGCCGCGGGCGGCGGCGAUGCCGACGUUCUCAAGUGGUGGACGCUCAUGGCCACCGACGUCAUUGCCCACCUGUCCUUUGGCGACUCGUUUGACAUGGUCGGGCUCGGGCGCCGGAACGAGUACAUUGACGCGCUGACCAGCGCGCUGCUGGCUUCGGGCCUGCGCCUCGAGCUCCCGUGGCUUGCUUCCCUCAUGCGCGUCGUGCCACUCCCCGCGGUCCAGCAACUUCUCAAGGCCGACGAGGUUGUCUUUGAGGCCGGCGGCAGAGCGGUGGCCAAUCUGCGCCAAGCUGGCGGGAACCAGAAUCUGUUUGGUCAGAUGCUGGCCGAGUCCGAGUCCCAAGAGAAGCACGGCCUCACGGACUUGAGCGUCAGGCUGGAAGCGUCCAAUCUCAUUAUUGCCGGUAGCGAUACCACGGCCAUUACCUUGACUUAUCUUGUGUGGGCAGUACUGAAGAGACCUGACCUGCAGCGGCGCUUGGAAGAAGAAGUCGGUAACCUGUCGGGAGAUUUCAAGGAUGAAGAUCUUGAGAGUCUGCCUCUGCUGAAUGCUGUCAUUGACGAGACAUUGAGACUCUACGGAGCUGCUCCCGGUGCCCUACCUCGAGUCGUUCCAGAGGGCGGUGCCACGCUCGCCGGGCAUUUCCUUCCUGCACAGACAUUGGUGACGACGCACGCUUUUACGCUGCAUCGUGACCCGACAAUAUUCCCCGAUCCCUCACAAUUUGACGAAACAAGAUUCAUGAAGCCGCAGACGGUAGCACAAAAGGCGGCAUUUCAUCCGUUCGGUGCAGGCUCCAGGAUAUGCCUCGGCAUUCACCUGGCGAGAAUGGAGCUCCGUCUGAGCACGGCUCUCUUCUUUAGAAACUGUCGCGGGGCCCAGCUUGGUAGUAGCAACAUGGCCGACGAGGUGAUGGAUAUGGAGGAGCACUUCUUGAUCUCACCUCGCGGGCAUCACUGCAAUAUCACUCUUGGCAACUUGCGUUAG